AUGAAACUUAGGCUAGAAGUAUGUGCCGUUCUCUUGCUGCCUGUGUACUUGUUAAUAUCUGUGUACAGUAUGCUUGUAUUCAUUCCGUGGUAUUUUCUUACCAAUGCUAAGAAGAAAAAGGCUAUGGCAAAACGUUUAAAAGCUAAACCCAUCUCGGACAAACCUGGAAGCCCCUACCGUUCUGUCACCCAUCUUGACUCAUUAGCAAACAUAAACAUUCCUGGAGCAGACACGUUGGACAAGCUGUUUGACCAUGCUUUAGCAAAGUUUGGGAAGAAGGACUGUCUUGGGACCAGAGAAGUACUGAGUGAAGAAAACGAAAUGCAACCAAAUGGAAAAGUGUUCAAAAAGUUGAUUUUAGGAGCUUACAGAUGGUUAUCCUAUGAAGAAGUAAAUGAGAAAGUGAAUAGGCUGGGGAGCGGGCUGACUGCCCUGGGGCUCGCCCCGAAGAGCACCGUUGCCAUAUUCUGUGAGACCCGAGCAGAAUGGAUGAUCACGGCUCUAACCUGCUUCAAGUACAACUUUCCUCUUGUUACCUUGUACGCCACCCUGGGAGAAGAGGCAGUAACCUAUGGUCUCAAUGAGUGUGGAGCAUCAUAUCUGGUCACUAGUGUAGAACUUCUGGAGAGCAAACUUAAGACUGCAUUGCCACAAGUCUCCUGUCUUAAACAUAUUAUUUAUGUGGACAAGAAGACUAUCAACAAAUCAGAAUACCCUGAAAAUGUGGAGAUUCAUAGUAUGCAGACAGUAGAAGAGCUGGGAGCCAAACCAGAAAACUCAAGCAUUCUGCCAAGCAGACCUGUUCCUACAGACCUGGCUUUAGUCAUGUACACCAGUGGCUCUACCGGGAGACCUAAAGGAGUGAUGAUGAUGCAUAAAAACUUAAUAGCUGGAAUGACGGGACAGUGCGAGAGAAUACCUGGCCUGGGGUAA